AUGCUGCCAACACCGGAUACAUCUCAUGUAUCCUUUGACACAAUCUACGAGCCAUCGGAGGACUCAUACCUCUUCCUAGACACAUUGUCAUCAGCAUCCGAAUCAAAAUGGCUCUCUGAACGCUUCGACAACACAAAGCAUACACCACCGCUAGUGGUCGAAGUAGGCACAGGUUCAGGUGUGGUUCUGGGCUUCGCAGCCGCACAGUCAGAGAAGAUCUUCGGCCGACGCGAUAUCCUCACGCUAGGAACAGACGUGAAUCGAAAUGCAUGCCUCGCAACGCGAGAGACGGCAAUAAAUGCCAUCAAAGCAGAGCAGCAACCGAGUCCUCGCACCAUUCAUAUAUCUUCAUUAACGGCUGACCUGUGUGCACCUCUUCGUCCUGGAAGUGUUGAUGUCCUGCUUUUCAAUCCGCCUUAUGUUCCUACGGAGGAUUUGCCUCGUUUACCUUCUGCUGUCGAUAAUGAUCCUGCUGCGGCGGCGGCUAUGUCUCGCUCCGCCAAGUUUGAUAGUGAUUCUUUCUUUUUGUCGUUGACCUAUGCUGGUGGUGCUGAUGGUAUGGAGACGACUGAUCGAUUGCUUGAUGCUAUUCCUAGGGUUUUGUCGCCGACUGGUGUUGCUUAUGUUUUGCUUUGCAAGCAAAACAACCCCGAGGAUGUUAAGGAGCGGAUUCGUGGAUGGGAUGGAUGGAACGCUGAGUCGGUGGGAUCGAGCGGGAUGCAGGCUGGGUGGGAGAAGUUGGUCAUUGUGAGAAUUUGGAGAGAUGAUGGCUUAUAG